AAGAAGAAGAAAUCUUCAUAAUAAGAUUUUUAACAACAAAACAACACUUAUUGUUUAAAAAACUUUCGUUCUUGUAGAAAGCACUUGAGUUAUUGGCACUAAAAAUAAAUAGUAAUGAGAUACUAGAUUUGUAGAAUCAAAAAUAAAUUUAAUAAUGGCACAGCAGUCCCAGUUUUCCUUGGCUUGGGAUGAAUACAGAAGAAAUAUUUGUAAUGGUUUGAGCUCUCUACAGCAGAAUGGGGAGUUUGUUGAUAUGACAUUGGCUGCAGAUGGUCACUUUGUCAAGGUGCACCAGGUUAUUGUGGCACUGGCGAGUCCUUACCUCAAAGAGCUUAUUGCGUCCAUACAGUGUCCUCAUCCAGUGGUAUUUUUGAAUAAAAUAUCCUACACAACUUUGUGCUCAGUGCUGGAAUACAUUUACACAGGUGAAGUCCUGGUUUCCGUUGACCACCUCAAUGAGCUCAUAGACGCUGGCCGAGAACUUCACAUCAGGGGCUUGGAGGACAUGAAACUACAGCAACAGCUGCCAAAAUCACAAGAACUGUAUGCAAACUCUCAAACAAGCAACAAUGUGGGGGAAUAUGACGAAGAAGUGUGUUAUUUUGAAAUAUCCAACCAGAGGAGUGAAGAUGACCAAUCACAGCUAGAGUUACAAACUUCAAUGUAUCCCGAGGUGUACGACUCAGACAUGAAGCCUGAAAUAACUGAGAAGUACGACAACACCAUGCUGCACAACUUUGAGCAGGAGUUCGUGGACGACGGCGUGGCUGAGGAGAUCACCCCUGACAGCCCCAUGACCCCCAGCAGUGAGAUAUCACAGAAAAACCCAGGUGUGAGCAUAAUGCAGUACACAGUAUCGAACCAGGGCUCGCUGCAGAUGAUACUGAACCGAUUUGUGUACUACCUGAAGCACAGCAACGCAAGUGGCACGCGGCAGUGGCGCUGCGUGGACUAUGUUAGCGCCGUCAAGUGUCCUGCGCAUAUCGUCACGAAAGCUGAUAUGGUGCUACAGAGAAUCCAUGCGCAUACGCACCCGUUUCACGAUAAGAGGAUUUUGAAGAAAGUCAGAGCCGGCUCCAUUUUCUCCGCUAUACAAGAGGCAGAAAACCAAGGGAAGGCCUUCAAAAGAAAACGAAUGAACUCGCCUGCUGAAUCUAGUAUAAAUAGUGCCGAUAUAAAUCCUGCUGAUAUAGAAUAAAUCAAAUUUUAGCCAU